AUGGCCCUCUUUUACCUUCUGCUGAUGGUCCUGGUGGCGCUGAGCUGUAAAUCCACCCGCUGUCUGGGCUGUGAGCUGCCUCAGAGCCAGAGUCUGGCUAAUAGAACCUUAACAGUUCUUCAACUAAUGAAGAGGAUUGAUCCUUCCUAUUGCCUGAAGGACAGAAAAGAUUUUGGAUUUCCCCAGAAGGAGCUUGAAGGCCACAAGUUCCUGAAGGUUCAAGCCAUCUCUGUGCACCAUGACCUGAUCCAGCAGAUCUUCAACCUCUUCAGCAAACAAAGUGCAUCUGCUGCUUGGAACAAGACCCACCUGGACGAACUGCGCACUGCACUUUAUCAGCAGCUGAACAACUUGGAAGUCUGUUUGAUGCAGGAGAUGAAGGGGAGAGAAGAACCCCCCCUGAUAAAUGUGCACUCCAGACUGGCUGUGAGGAAAUACUUCCGGGGGAUCACUGUCUAUCUGGCAGAGAAGAAAUACAGCCCCUGUGCCUGGGAGAUCGUCAGAGGCGAAAUCAUGAGAUCCUUCUCGGCAUUGACAAACUGGCAAGAGAGACUAAGACAUGAUGAAGGCAACUUGAACUGA